AGUUAUAUAUGUUCGAUGUACAUGUCUCCUGCUGCUCUGCAUGAAAGCACCGUAACAAUGUUCCGACAAUAUGAUAUCGCGUCCCCACAGAUCCCCACCGACCCACCGGCUCAUGUGCCGCGGCUGCUAGUCAGUCGCUGCAAACCUUGUUGCACUACGCAGCAGCUUCUUCCCCAAAAUUGGCCCAGCUCACCGUUUUUCCUCCCGCAAGCUUCCUCCUCCCGGAGCAAAUUUCUGCCUCCUUUCGCUCUGGCCUGUGUAUAAUAAUAUACCAUAUUGCUAGCAUUAUAUCAUUACUCGUCAGCCCCUUCUAGCAGUUGUUUUCCAUCCGAACCCUCGUUCUGAUUGAUCGGUUAUCUUUUCCCGCAACCCUCCUCCAUCGCGGCUCACAGUCGUGUGGUUGACUAAGACAGUGUCACGCAUUGGCGCCCGACGACCGCCGUCCGGCUCUCCAUGCCCAAUUUUCGAUGAUGGAUUUCCAGAAGCACAUCCGGAACAAAUCUCUGCCUCGUCCGUCGCCCCUGGGAACUUCGCGCGAUCCAGCACGUCCGGGUCCUCCACCUCGCCCAUACGAACCGUCGCCAUCGUUCCUCGGCGGUCCCCUGUCGAAGCCAUCCUACGAGUUAUCCAGUUAUCAAGACCACGAGAUGCCACGCCCGCAUGGUUAUAGCUUCUCGUCUCCUUACCUUCGCGACAGCGCAUUGUCUCGUUCACCGUACGCGUCUCUCCGCGCCGACGCGACAAAUGGCUACCCCUCACAGUCGGGGAGUCCUGUGCUACUCCAUCGACAUGUCAAUGAUGGGGGAUUGAAGGAUCAUAAUGGUGUGGUUUAUCGCGAUGGUAGGGAUAUCCUUGUCGUUUUUCUCUUCCUUUGUUUUCGUUCCCGUUCCCUUGCAUUCUCCCAUUUGCCUUUUGUUUUUUCUUUUUUUUUUUUUUUUUUUCUUCCUUCUCUUUCUUUAUUGGAUGAAGGUAUAUCCCGUGGCCAUUGGUAAACACAGGGCAAUACCGGGAGGCCAUCUGGCUAUGCGCGUACCUUGCACUGUCACGGUGGAGGAGACCAGCGCAAACGGG